UCUUCUCUCUCUCGCUUUCAUAUCUCUCUCCCACCGCCACAGAGGGGAAAAAAAAAAAAAGAAAAGAAAAGAAAAGAAAAGAAAACUCUUCACACCAUACUUCAUCAUCUUCUUCUCUGUCCCCUCUCAAUUUCACACCAUUUCCCAAUUUCAACCCCAACCCACUUCCCAAUAUUCAAUUUUUCCACUUGGGUCGUCUCUCAUGGCUGUUCCCACCUCCGCUUUCUCCAUCCGAGAGUAUGCUUUGAAUAAGAGAAGCACGGAUUUAACGAGAAUUAGUUGGCCAUUUAGCGAGAAAGUGAAGAAAGAAGUAGCAGAAGCUUUACUUCCACCAAUGGAUGUAAAGAAAUUUCGUUGGUGGUCAUCGGAAAGGGUAAUUAGUGAAGAAGAAGAAGUAAUUAUAGAGAGAAUUAAAAUGCAAAAGAUUUGUCCAGUUUGUGGGGUUUUUGUUGCAGCUACAGUAAACGCCGUGAAUGCACAUAUUGAUAGUUGUUUAAACUCUCAAAUUACAAGUAAAGAAAUUAGGAAAAAGUUGAAGGCGAAAUCAAGAACCCCAAAAAAGAGAUCAAUUGCCGAUAUCUUCGCAGUGGCUCCGCCAGUAAAAACAAUGAUUAUUGCUAACGAUUGCUGUGAUGAAGAAGAAGAAAAAAAAGCCGUUGGCAAACAAAUUAUUCGUCACAACAACAACAACAACAACCUCAAAACGACGUCCUUGGCGACAAGUCUUGUCUCCACAAUCAAGACAAUCAAUACCACAACGGAACAAGAACAACCCUCAAUUCUUCACAAGAAAAAGAAGAAGGACUUUGGUCAUGGACAACUUUGCAGGAAGGGAGAGAUCAGAAAUCAUAAGGAUGUUUCAACUCUUUGUAAGAAACCAUGUUUUAAACGCUUGUGUAGACAAAAAAGGAAAAAACUAGUUAAAAAAUCCAAUGUAGUUGCCAAGCAACAGAGGCCAAUGCCUCUACUUAGGAGCAUUUUGAAGCAUAGUGUAAAAGCAACUUCUGAGACAAACUUUUCAUCCAUCAAUUUAAGAGGCAACAAUAAUCAAGUGUUCAACAAUGGUGGUGGUCAAAAGUCCGAUAGGCGCGUUAGCUUCUUGGAUAAGGAUGAUGUUCUUGGUCUGAGCACUGAAGUCUUUUCUGAUACCUUUGAACAAAAUGUUGGCAAUCCAUUCCAAGCCUCAGAAGUAAGCACUAAUUCAGGUGAAAGUAAUAAAGAAGUUGCUCCAGUGGAGGCCAAUUUAAACGACGAUGUUUGCUUUAGCACCCAACACGAAGUUGAUGGUCAACAUGCGAAAGGAAAGAUUCAGUUGCCUAAUUUUCAUAACCAGGUCAAUGCUGAAAGUUGGGACAAUGCGAAGCAUUCAACUGAGAACUUGAUAUCGAAAAAUCAGGAUAUUCCUCAUGAUCAAAAUGAUUUGCGUUUGUUUGAUCAUGUUUAUGUAGAUGGACUUCAGAAGCUGUCACCAGUACAUUCUGCUAUUCCUGCUCUAUUAGCUGCACAAGAAGAAAGGCAAUAUGGCCAUGUAAGAACUCAAUGCGGUUUAAAUUCCAUCCGACAAGCUCAUUCUCUCUAUGGAAAAUCAACUGAUCAUUUGAUAAAUCCUUUCAAUAAUGGAGUAGCUGCCUUAGGCUCAAUUACAAGCAGAGUGCCUUCUUCUUCUUUAAGUGAAAAUCCUGUUAGCAGAUUUCUUAAUCUGGCAGAAUCUUCUAUUAAAGACACUAUAUUUCCAUUUUCGAAUGGGGAGGAAAGCAUGGUCUCCUACAAAGAGAAAGGCGUAAAUGAUGGAUUUUUCUGCCUGCCACUGAACUCUAAGGGUGAAUUGAUACAGCUAAAUUCAGGUUUGAUCAAUAGGUUUGAUCAAAUGAAUGAAGCCAGUAACACAAUAGCCUGUUCUAGCAGGAUACCGGUCUGCAGUCUCGUCUUGCCAAGGAGCAGGGAUUAUUUCAUAGAUAACGAGAAGCUUCUUGUUGACACAGAACUUACAGGAAACCAGUUGACUUUAUUUCCAUUGCAUAGUCAUUUGCCAGAAAAUCAAAAUCGAUAUUUUCCAGCUGGAUUCGACAUCUCUGAGCCUGGAAUAACUUCGGAAACAGCUGAUAUUAGACUGAUGAAUUCAGAAAGGGGAACUGAAUCUGGAAGGUUUUUUCACCCAAACUUGAUGGAUUCUCCAUAUAACAGAUGCAGGUACUAUGGAAAGUUUCAGAACCAAAAUGUAAGUACACAGUUUUAUCCUGAAAAUUCAAGUAGCAUGUGUGCAAAUCCCGGUCAACAAACAAUGCGGUUGAUGGGCAAAGAUGUAGCUGUUGGUGGAAACCGGCAAGAAGUUCAAGAACCUGAGGUUAUAAACUUUUGGAAGAACUCAACCUUAAUUGGGAACUGCCUGACCAAUCCUAUCCAAGAGACUCACAUGAGAAAAAGAAACUUUCUGCAAGAUAGGGAGUUGCAUCAUCCGUCAAAAGGAGAAACCUUGUUUUAUCAUCCUGCAGGCUUUCAUGGCAAUCAAGUGGCACAAAGCAAUUUCUUCGCAAAUGCUUCACAAGUUAGGUACCCUCAUCCACACCUCAAUCGAAAAAGCAGUAUUAUGUAUCAAAGACCUGACUCUGUCAUCAACUUAAAUGAAAGCUUCAACAAUAACAUCCAUGCCUUUUCUCCCUCGUCAACCGACACAUUUAAUAUGGCACAAAACUUUCAAGGACCCUUUAUUUCGGGUCCGGAAACACUAAGGUUCGGUUCACAGCCAUCAGCAUUUUCUACUUCUCACCACACGUGUCCAAAUAGAUAUGAAAAUUCUUUUGAACUUGGCUUCAACCAGAAUCUACAUCCAGCAAAAUUAGGAACUUUUAACUUCCCUUUCUUGCAGCCGGAUGAUGAAACUCAUGUCCAGCUCCCUUGGUCUCACACUUCUAAGAGCCUUCCCCCGUGGAUGUUACACGAUCACCAACGGGAAGCACCACAAACCACAAAUUCUAAACUUGCUGACUUAAAUGGGUACUAUUGUCCAUGUAUUCCUUUUGGCACAGAUGUUCUCAUUAACCCUUCUUCCAUGCAUCACCGGCUUGAAACUGCCUAUCCUUGCAGCACAAUGCCAUAUUCUCACUUACAGACGAAGAAUCAUAUACCGGGUCCGACAUCUUUUUUUCAACCAAUGCCUGUUGCUCCACGAAUACUUCAAUCGCCAAUUGCCAACGCAGGUCAUGAAAUUAGGUUGAGCUCUGAGGACAGAUUGAAGUUCAACACUUUGAGUGUCAAGGACUUUGAUUUUUCAAGUAAAACACUACUGGCUGGAGAGUUGGUUGAUUCGAGGAAGCGUCAAAAGAUCUCGAGUUUAGAAACGAACAAUUCUGGUGUUGUGCCAGGAUGGACAAGAGGAAAAUUCAGUGAUGAUCACCUGGAAUCAAACCCGGGGACAGUGAAGAUCCAUGCCAACUGGGACAAAGCUGUUAAUUCAGCAGGAAAUAUCCCAAAUAUGACUCAAACUACUGAUGGAGUAGUGAUUUCUACCAAAAAUAAUGAAACUCCUAAGUUUGAAUGUAUGGCAAGAUCAGGCCCCAUCAAGUUAACAGCAGGAGCAAAACACAUCCUGAAACCAAGUCAGAGUGUGGAUAUAGAUAAUACUAAGCCUACUUAUUCAACAAUUCCUUCUGCUGGAUUAGUUCAUAGUGUUAGCUUGGCAGGAUCUCAGAAGAAGUCAACUAAAGUAUACAGUUUUUAAAAGAAGGAACCUAGCUCUAUUCCAUGAUGCAAUCUUCUCACCUUUGUAACCACUGACAUCAAGAGAGUUGUUGUAAUUUCAAGAUGACCCUGUCAUUCACCGAGCGAGUUUUUCGGUACGCAGAGGCACGUUAUCUUGAACGGAAACUAAUCACACUACUGGAAUAUAGAUCAUGUUGCAACGAGUUUUGGUCUUGUUUUUUUACUGUAAGUUUUAGAUCAAAUCUCCACCACAAUAUCCUACGUAGGCAACAAAAUUACACGAGCAUUAAGAUUCACUGUUUAAAAACGUCUUGUUUUAUAUAACUGUGUUCCACUAGUUCUUGUAAUGAAUGCCUGAGAACACUGUUAUAUUUAUUUCCUUGAAGGCUAAGUUAAUGUAGCUAACACUAUAUGUAAUUACCAUGAUAA